AUAGGGAAUUAAUCAGACUACAUCCUGUAUGCCUUUCCAAACACCCAUCCAUUCUUGAUAGAAGGCUCUAAAAGCUUUGUUGCUGUGACGACAUCUCCCGGGCCUUCGUCGCACCAACUUGAGCUAAAGCUUCGUAGCCUGGCGUUGGCGCUCAAUAGUUACGACCAAUUUGUAAUCAAAAAACCACCAAAAAAAUUUUUUUAAAAACAACCAAACACUUGGCAAGUGAUAACGAGUAUGGGGAUUUAAGGUGGAGGUGCAUGUUUAUAAGUCAGUGGCCUGCUGUAGUGGGAAAGUAUCUGUGUUUGUCUUCGACUCUCGUGUUCUUAUUUCAGGUUCUUGCAUUUGAUGCGACAUUGCGAGUUUAAGUGUUUAACUCGGAGACUCUGUGGCAUUCGAACAGUUAAGGAAAUGGUUGUUAUUCAAAGCCAGUAAUUUAAUUCUUUUCUCUCUUUUUUUUUUUUUUUUUUUUCCUGUUGUUUUUGAAAAAACAGCAUGAAAAAGAGCUAUCGCAUCAUGUGAGUUUUACAUAUACUUUAAGUUCGAGUUAAUAUGGGGCCUCUGCUGCAAAUCUGGUUAAUCAAAAGAAGUUUGAAUUUCUGAUCUUCAAAACUUUUUUUUUAAUUUUAUUAUACAUACUUUAUCUUAAGCUGGGAUAUAUUUAAAAUACCAAUUGUGUAGUUAGAGUACAUAACUUUUUAUUUUAUUUUAUUUUGCAUGUAUUCCUUUAUUGUAUUUGCUUCAUACUCCUCCAACUGAUACUGCUUUUCCAAGGUAGAAAUAACGAUCCAACCAGCAAUUUUAUUGUUUUUUGUUUAUUUGAUGUAUUUUUGUUUGUUUGUUUGUUUGUUUGUUUGUUUUUGCAUAUUAUCCUGAAUCUCAUUUACCAUUUCAACUUUAUUAUUGCCAGAUUACAAUCUUAAAACGAGUAAGCUAGCUAUUGAAUCCAAAUUGUGCUUCUAUUUGUUGUCUGCACUAUAUAAAAAAUUUAAAUGAAUGUUUGUUUUGGGUUGAAGCUGCUUAAUCAUUUUGUAAAAUUGUACAGAAGAUCAGUAAUCAUUCCUUGUUCUGUUUGACGUGUGUGUGUGUGUGUGUGUGUGUGUGUGUGUGUGUGUGAGCCCACUCCUAACUAAAAUAUUUUUUAUUGUUUAAGUAUUUGCCACUGUAUUUGUACAAAGAACGGCCAGUUGGAAUCCUAGUAGAAAGUUACUGAAACGUUUCUUGCAUAAUUCUCCAAAAUGGCUACAGUACACGUUUGAGAAAAAAAAAAAGAGAGAGAGAGCUGUUUGCAUUCACGUGUUUUCCGUUUCAUUUGUAAUUUUGGCAUGCCUAGUUUUCUUUUGUAAAUAUAUGUCCUGAGCAUGUGAGAGACAUUGCUCUAAGUGGUGCAUUUUUGUAUGUCUUUGUAGUAAAACGGGAUGUUGCUUCAGUUCUCAACUUUCCCAGUAAAGAAAUGUUUGCUCCUUUUUUUUUUUUGUUUGUUUUUGUUUCGUUUUGUUUUGUUUUUUUUUCUAAGAAAUUGUAUCUAAUAAUGUUCAGGUUAAGUCUAAAAGUUGUUCCUUCUGGUGGCCAUAAUUUACUAUUAAAAGGAUGAUAAAUGGUUUAGAGCAUUUGACAAACAUUUAUUAUGAGAGGCAGCCUGUCUUACUGUUGCUAAAUAAACAUGCCCAUUCUAGUGUAUUUAACCUAUUGGAUGGUUGUCUGUUAUGUUGUUUUGUCAGUUUGUUUCUCGUGUAAUGACCUUUUCACCGAGCGUUUUUGCUUUUAUUUUGUUACUAAUUAAAAGCCUAAAACAUUGUUGCACAGAAGUAGGUGUGUGAGAUUAGUUGCUUAAACACCAUCGCUUCAAGAGUACUAUAGAAUGGCAUUCCUCAAGAUUACGUUUGCUUGUAAAUGUUCUUUUGAAGUUUUUUUUGUUUUGUUUUGUUUUGUUUUUUGUACCGUUUCAUGAAUAUCUGAUUUAUUCGAGCAUGAUGACAAAGUAUGAACGUUGUGCAUGCUGACUUAACUCACUUCAUACAGGACAGAGUAAUCGACCAUCCAAUGAGCCUGUUUUAAGGAGAAUCUACAGCCAUGGUUAAAAAGUAUUGGCUGUGAUAUAAAUGUUGUGUUUCGCACAGGUUUGCUGCUUCAGUUGGUGGGGCGUUGAUUCACAUUGUUUGUAGGUUAUCGUGCAGAGUGAUCAGAUGCAAUUUUUUUUUUUUUAAUAAUUGCAAAAAGUUUGUCAGAAACUUUAAAACUUUAUCAGGAAGAAAAAAAAACACACACACACUUCAUUGGGGGUUUUUUAAAUUUUAUUUGGCCCGGUACAAAACGACUAGCUCACAUCAUUUCACUGAUCAUCAGCACGUAGGAAGGUACUAGUGAACGAGUACCAGUCAGGUGAAAUCACUCUAUCGUUCUGAUUGGAUUAUAAGAGGACUGCUGUAAAAGGAGGGAAGAAGCGCUUCCAAUCGUUGUGGUGUUGUGUUAGUAAUGGUUACCUCCAAAGAAAGACAUGCAGCCAUCAUCACUUUGCAUCAAAAUGGCCUCGCAUGCAAGGAAAUUGCUGCAAAGAAUAUUGCACCUGAAGGAACCAUUUACCAGAUCAUCAAGAGCUUCAAGGAGAGAGGUGAAGAACUGCAGUGAAGAAGGCUUCAAGACGUCCCAGAAUGUCCAGCAAGCGCCAAGACCGUGUCCUCCUGUGGAGUCGGCUACGGAAUCGUGUCACCACCAGUGCAGAGCUUGAUCGCUACCGGCAGCAGGUGGGUGUGAGUGCAUCUGCACGCAUAGUGAGGCGAAGACUUUUUUGGAUAACGGCUUGGUGUCAAGAAGGGCAUCAAAGAAGCCACUUCUCUCAAAGGUAAACAGCAGGAAGUACAAGGAUUGGACAGCAGAAGACCGGGGCGAAGUUAUUUUCUCCGAUGAAGCCCCCUUCCGACUGUUUGAGACCUCCAGAGAAGAAAAGCUGACCACUAGCGUGAGUCCUGUCUCGUUCCAACAGUGAAGCAUUCUGAGACCAUCCAUGUGUGUGGCUGCUUUUCAUCCAAGGGACUGGGUUCUCUUCCAAUUCUGCCCGAAAACCCUACCAUGAAUAACGAACGGUAUCAAAACGUCCUCCCAAGAGCAAGUUCUCCCAACGAUCCAGGAGCAAUUCGGUGGUGCGUUUUUUUCCAGCAUGACAGAGCACCAUGUCUCAAGGCAAGAGUGAUAAUGAAGCGUCUUGGAGAUCAUUACGUUUGAAAUUUUGGAUCCGUAUCCACACAACACCCCCGGAUCUUAAACCCGUAGAGAACCUGUCAGUCCUCAAAAGGCGAUCGGACGAGCAGAAGCCCACAAAUUGUAUUCAAACUCCGAGCACUAAUAAGGCAAGAAUGGAUCGCCAUCGGUCAGGAUUCGUCCCAGAAGCUGGUAUCCAGUAUUCCUGAUUGAAUUGCAGAAGUUAUAAAGAACGAGGGUCAACACUAUAAAUACUAUAAAUGUUUUUGCCCAACAAAAGCCUUUCAAACUCAUGAAAUGCUUAUCAUUGUUUUCCAGUAUACCAUAGAAACGUGAAAAAAAAAAAUGCUACAAACACUGAAGCAGCAAACUUCUGCAAAACACAACGUUUACGUCACUGCCGUUACGUUUGUCCAUGACUGUACUAACCAAUCACGUCACUGACCUUAAAUGAUGAGCACAAAGGGGGAUGUAUUAUAGAUUUCGAUGUAGACGUAAUUCAGUGGCACUCCAGCUGUUUGUGAUUGCAGAAACUUCCAGCUGAAAAAGACCCUCGUUGCACUUGGUUUAACAACUUCUUCAAAUUACAAAAGGAUUUUUGUUUGUUUUUCAAAUGAUGCCUGCAAAAUCAGGUGCCUUAUUCAAACAAAAGGAACUUGAUUUUUAUUGAUGUUUUCUAAGGAAAUCAAGACUUCAGCCCAUUUAUGCCAAGAAUUAAAAUCGAGAUUUUGUUUUCUUUUUAUCGUGUUGAGCUUUCUGUAGAAUGAGAGCUGUUGCUGCUUUGCCUCAGACAGUUUUCAUGUAAAGAUGAAUGUAGUCUUCCUUCAGUGAAGAAUUCAAUAUGUUAAGCUUGUACGUUAUGACUCGUGGAACAUUCUCGUUGAGAGACCGUUCAAACAGUGCUGCAGUCAUAAUGUAGACUUGUUUUAAAAUGUUAUUGUUAAUAUACACACGUUUUUCUUUCUUUUCUUUCUUUCUUGUUUUGUAGAUGAAUGCACAAGUCUGAACUGUCUUUACCUUCUUUCUUUUUUCUUUUCCGGUAAUCUUUACUUGCCAUCACACUUCCUGUACUUUCAUUUCUUUUCUCAGCUUGCUGACAGUGAUAUAUGAAGUUGAAAAAAAAAAAAAAAAAAAAGAAACUUGAUUUUUGUUCUCCAUAAUUCCAGAAUGAUAUAUGAGAAGGUCUUGCUGAAAUACGUUUAGCAGACCUGUAGUGGAUUAAAGACUUCCGUAGGGCCCUCCGAGGAGCUUGGAAAGACGAUGUCAGACUUUGUAAGCAUUGUGUCCCCUCACCGAUGUUCAAGAUUACUGUGCCUCUCAAUUCUUCUGGUUGUACUGUUCCUCUGAUUUACCAUGUGUGACUUUACUCGGAACAGUGUUAUUCGUGCACCGACGGAAAUGGCCUUGACCAGUUUACUCUCCGACGAACAGAAAUCCCAGUUUUCCAAAUACAAAUACAACGACACAAGUAGACCUGUCUGAAAUCGAUGGAUCCGAGAUCCUGUUUCGGUGGAUGAGAGGGCAGGAAGCAAGAAGACUGUAUUGUUUUCGCUCAUAUGUUAGUGAAGCAGUUGACGUUCCACGUGUACAAGCUGACAGCAUGUUUUCCCUGACCGCCUCCGUCGAGACGUGCAGAGUCUUCUCUCUAUAGCCGCAUCGCUUCCCUCCAUGCUUUUGGACGUAAGGAAGCUCUUAAUUUGUGCAAAACAAAAUAUGGACUUUGGGUAGGAGUCCCGUGUCGCUGCCCAUUGGUGCUGAAUUUUGAAAAUACAUACUUGAACACCCUCGGUGGUAUGAGAGCUGUGACUUAGCAUCUGUUGUCAGGCUCGUGGACUUUUUUUUUUUUUUUUUUUUCCCCUCUUUCCCCCCCUCCCCCUCCCCCUCCCCCCCCCCUUGCAAGAAACUGUGCUGGACAGUGGACAAUUUGACAUCAGUUGGAGCCACUGUAAACACCCGUGCCAAGGCCUCGUCCUCUUUAAAGGAUGACUAUGAUGGGCAUGGACAGAACCUGCGGUCGGGUGGGAGAAGGGUGUGUAAAUGUAGCGGUGGUAGCUCUUCUUGUGUGUGUGUUUGUUUGUUUGUUGUUUGUUGUUUUUUACUUUAAGGAGGACAUUGGAGCACUAGUAGGGUCACCUGGACUGUUGGCCCCAGUUUUCUCGACUGUGUCCUGAACACGUUCAGAAGACAACCACACAACCUGAUAAUAACAGAACCCCUGUACUUUUUUUCUGAGCACCACAUUCACACAUCACACUGCAAUGAUUUACAUCUCCUUCCAAACUUUGCCAAAUUUCGAUCGUUCUUGCUAAUUAUCGACCUUCGGCGUGGGGUUUACAAAAAGGUAAAACGAAAACCCGCCAAAAAAAAAAAAAAAGACUUUGCUCGUUUCGAAACCCAUACAACGUUCAAUUUUCAAUUGAAGGAAUCGUCAGCCAUUUGAAGGAGAAGAAGAAGAAGAAGAAAAAAUUUCACAAUUCAUUACCUUGAUGUCAUGCUUCUGAUGUUGUAUGGUAUUCUACUAGAUAAAUUAGCAUGGGAUCUUUUUAAGUAGCUAGUACUGUGUGUGUACUCCCCCCCAAGUGUAAAAUCUCUUUUUGUCACAGUAGGAAGGCUGUAUUUCAUUGCGAAGUGCUCUGUUCUAGAUCUCUUGGUGAUUCUAAAGCAGAAACCUGCAGUGUAUCCUACUGAAACUAACAGUUACUUGAUCCUAUUAGCAAUGUCUAUAUUUGUAGUUCACAUAUAUGCCUGUUCAAAUACAAUAUCUUAACAGUUGUUCUAUUUAUGUUUCAGUGUUGUGCUGGAUUUUUUUUUCCUUCCUUUCUUUCUUUCUCACGUUUUUUUUUUUUUUUUUGUUUUGUUUCUUUCAUUUUUAGAGGCACAACUGGUUGGAAAACAACUCGGUUACUUGAGCAUUGUUAAUGUACAGAUACGAAGUAGACUUAAAAUCCAUUGUGAUGAAUUUUGAACUACUUGUGCUGUUGUGCCUCUUGUUUCUUUCUCAUUUUGUAUUAUCCGUAAUUAUGUCUCUGCAUUGUAUCAGCCCGGAGUUGGUACCACAAUUUUGCUUGUAACCAUGAUAGUCUAAUGCUAUUAUUGAUUUUAAUAUCACAAAUAAAAAUUAGACACAGCCGUAUUUUAGUUUCUGGGGUUUUAAUUUACAUUUCUGUCCUGAUAUCCAAAUGGCCCGGAUAACCCCAAACCCCGUCUUACUCCGUAUAUUUUCUAGCUUAUGACCCGUCUCGCUCUGUCUCUCUUUUUGCGUCCUUCAAGCCAAAUAUUUGUCGUUGUCCUCAUGGCACAACAAUCCUUAACCAAAAUUCCCAUGUGGCCCAGUAAUACAAUAAAUCAAUAGUUAUGACUCACUCGUUGAAAUCACUGCUCCAGUCUCAAAGGGACUAUCGUAUUGUCCCUUACUAACUUUGUUUUCCCCGGUCCCUACACUGCAACUGCUUUGAUCUUGGAAAUAGUAACGCAGUCUCUCUGAAUAAAAAACAAUAGGCGUGUUUUCCCUACAUGGACAAAGUGGAAAAAGUCAUAUCGACAAGACGUUUAGUCAUUUAGGUUCCACAAACUAUUUACAAUGUGAUCAUAGUGGAAAAAAAUAUAUAUAUAAACCGAUCUCAAUUCUAAGCUUUAUAGCUUCUAUAAAUAUUACAUAAAUAUUCAUUGAUAAAUAUGCUAAAAGUAAUGUUCAUCUGCCUAAUGUGUAAUUGGCAAAGAAAUUGAAUCUCUAUCUGAAAAUGGAGGUUUCAACAAGACCACCAAACAUACAGCCAAAAUAACCUCGUAUGGCCUAGCUGAUCUCCUGACCUGAAUCCCGUUGAAAAUGUACGCAGGAUUUUGAAAUUCUAAGUCCCUGAGAAGGAACCUUGUAACCUUGUUUAAAUGUUUGUUUGUUUGUUUGUUUAUUUAUUUAUUUUAUUGAAGCAAGAAAACAAAGGUUAUUCAACAUCUAUCAUCAAUGUGAAAAACUAAUUGCCCCCUUAAAAUUAAAAUCUGGUUGUGCCGACUUUAGCAGCAAUAACUGCAACCGAACGCUUCCAAUAACUGGAGAUCAGACUUUCACUUACUUCUAGGACUAGGAUUUACUCCUAUGUUUUGGAUCGUUGUCUUGCUGCAUAAUCCAGUCACGCUUGAGUUUCAACUUAUGGAUCGUAGGUAUGAUGUUCUUUUUGUGGAAUUCGGUGUUUGGUUUACGCCAGAUGUAACGGGACCACUGUCUUCCAGAUGGUUCCACGUUCGACUCCUCAAUCCACAGAACAUUCCCCCAAAAGGUUUGAAUAUCAUCAGGGUUUGUUUUGACAAAAUUCAGAUGAGUCUUAAUGUUCUUCUGGGUUAGCAGUGGUUUUCACCUCACCACUCUUCCAUGGAUGCCAUUUUUCCGCAGUGUCUUUCUGAUAGUGGAGUCAUGAACAGUGACCUUUAUCGAUACAAGAGAGGCCUGUAGGUCCUUUGAUGUUGUCCUUGACUCUUUUGUGACUUCCUGGACGAAUCGUCGCUGUGCUCUUGGAGGAAUUUUGAAAGUUCAGCCAGUUCUGGGAAGGUUCACUGCUUUGCCGAGUUUUUCCAUUUGGAGAUAACGGCUGUCACUGUGGUUCUUUGGAGUCCCAGAGUCUUUGAAAUAGCUUUGUAACCCUUCCCAGACUGAUGUAUUUCAAUCACCUUCUUCCUCAUCAUUUCUGGAAUUUCUUUCAAUUUUGGCAUAGUGUGUUACUGGGUAAGACCUUUUAACCGACUUUGUGCUGUUGAAAAAGUUGUAUGUAAGUGUUGAUGUGAUUGAACAGGGUUUGCAGUAAUCGGGCCUGGUUGUGUCUAGUCCAGCUGAACUCCAUUAUGAAUGCAGUUUCAUAGAUUUGGGGAAUUAGUAACUAUGGGGGCAAAUACAUUUUCACGCAGGCCCAGUUGGUAUUGGAUACCUUUUUUGCUUCAAUAAAUAACAUUAUCGUUUAAAAACUGUAUUUUUUGUUAAAAACUGGAUCAGCUCCCGGCUCCCUGCAACCCUGUGUAGAAUAAGUGUAGGGUAAGUGUAGGAUGGAUGGAAUGUUCUGCCAAUCAAAAGAUUUGGACACACUACAUUGAAUAUAUUUUUUACUGUACGAGACAUUUUGAGAAAAAAUGGUUUAUAGUUGAAAUAAGACAAAUGUACACUCACCAUCCACUUUAUUAGGAACACCUGUACACCCGCUCAUUAAUCCAGUCAGCCAAUCAUGCAGAUACAAGUCAAGAGCUUGGGGAAAAGCGUGAUCUCUGUGACUUUAACCGUGGCAUGGUUGUUGCUGCCAGAUGGGCUGGUUUGAGUAUUUCAUAAACGGCUUUGAUUUUCACACGUAACAGUCUCCAGACAAUGGCGCAAAAAACAAAAACCAUUGCGGGACCGACAGUUCUGUGGGUGGAAAUGCCUUGUUGAUCAGGAAAAUCGCCAGAUUGGUUUGAGCUGCCAGGAAGUCUAUAGUAACUCAAAUGCUCACUUUUACAACCGUGGUGAGCAGAAAAGCAUCUCAACAUGCACAAAACUUCAAACAUUGAGCUGGAUAGGCUACAAGAGCAGACGACCACAUCGGCUUCCGCUCCUGUCAGCCAAGAACAAGAAUCAUGGGCACAGACUUAUCAAAACUGAGCAGUUGAAGAUUAGGGAAAAAUAAAUAUACACCUGGUUUAUUUACAGUCUUCAACUGUCCAGUUUUGGUGUACUGCCCCCAUGGUGUUCCUAUUAAAGUGGACUGUGAGUGUAAUGGUGAAGUGAAUUUCCAUGUAGAAAUUUAUUUCAGAACAACGUAUUUAUAAGAAGUUUUUCUUCACUUUACUUGAAAGGUUAUUACUAUAAAAUAGUAGAAAGGACUAAAAAAACACCAAAGUUUUGAAUUUGUUUAGAGGAGCUCUCCUUUCAGCUAAAAAGAAAUGCGUUGUCGUUUUGUUUGGACAUUUUCGCUCUACGUACCACAACAAAGAUGGCGUCAAAAAAGCGGUUUCGUUUUGUUUGGACCUUUCCGCUCUACGUACCACAACAAAGAUGGCGUCAAAAAAGCGUUUUCGUUUUGUUUUGGACCUUUUCGCUCUACGUACCACAACAAAGAUGGCGUCGUCUUCUGACGUCUCUUUUCGAAUAUGUGUGCAAGAAAUCAUCAAAUAUGAUUUAGAGAUUAAAGCUCUCAUUCAGGAUAUACGAGAAUGUCGCGGUCCACACAGCGUGUUAAUGGAGCUGAACGCUGCAGUGAAGGAAAAAUCCAAGCACUUAACUCAACGAAUAAAGGAUAUGGAACAAAUGGCUAAAGAACAAGAUAAAGAGACCGAUAAGAACAGUAUUAUGGCUGAAACAGAAGGUCAUCACAAACAAAUGUUAAGUAACCAGACAGCAUGGAGGAAAGCCAACUUGGCCUGCAAGCUGGCCAUCGAUAACCUGGAAAAAGACGAGCUAGUACACGGCGGGGACUCGUCAUUAAGGCAAAGGAAGGCCACCAAGGAGAACUUGACGGAGACAUCCAGUGGCAUCACUGAGAGUUUGAUGAGCAUCAGCCGAUUGAUGGCCCAACAGGUGAAGCAAAGUGAGGAGACCAUUGGCACUCUGGAGAGCCGAGAUCUCCUGCGAUGCCGUCAACAUCCAGUUGCAGAGAUGUGCGAUUGAUGACGAAACACCUGUUAGUUUUUGCCACGGUAUCUAUUUAGCAAGCCAGACACCUUCUUAGGACUUAACUAAUUUGGGGAGGAUUUGUAAUUGAUUAUACGUGAUAUGGUCAAAAGUAUGUGGACACCUGCCCAUCACAUCGAUACGUCGUAAGCACACAAUUGUCUAGGAUGUAUUUGUAUGCUGAAGCAGCAUUACAGGCCCAAACCUGUUCCAGCACGACAUUGCCCCUGUGCUCAAAGUGAGCUCCAUGAAGACAUGGAGAUUUGUGUGGAAGAACGUGAGUGUCCUGCACAGAGCUCUGACCUCAACCCCACUGAACACCUUUGGGAUGAACUGGAAUGCUGACUCGCCCGACUUCGGUAACUGACUUCACUAAUGCUCUUGUGGCUGAAUGAACACAAAUCCCGACAGCCAUGUUCCAAAAUUCAGUGGAAAGCCUUCCCAGGAGAGUGGAGGUUAUUAUAACACCAAAGGGCGACCAACUCUGGAAUGGGAUGUUCAACAAGCACAUAUUAGUGUGAUGAUCAGCUGUACACAAACUUUUGGCCAUACAUUAUUGUUUGAUGAUGUAGUGGCCGGAGACUCCUAUACUCUCCUUGGUACUUUCCUAUCACUUAGCUAGCCAACUUUAUAUAAAUAGUCAAAUUUGUUCCCAAAGAGCAAGCCGGAGUUUACGGUACGAAGGACACACUCCCUGAGGUGAUAUGAGGAAGAAACCUUGAGAGGAACCAUCCUCAUCUGAAUGAUUGUAAAUAAUAGUGCGAUUGUAAAUAAUGUCCCUUGUAUAACUGUUUACUAUAUAGUCAAAAGGUGCACUUGUGUAACCAGGAACUUAUGAGCUACUUAUAAAUAUGAGCAUCAUAUUAAUCAUUUCUGAAUUCAUUAUAGAUUUUAACACGCAGUCUAAUGUGUUAGUGAUCAGCUGUUCAAUGAUGGAGACUUGCGUGCACAACUCUUCUAAGGAGAGAAUCUGAUCUGGAUCUGAUAUGCAUGUCCCUUAUUUCUUUCUUUUUUUUUUUUUUAAUACGAGCAAGAACUCUGUCCUAUCAGCAGCGAUCCAAUCUGCAAAAAUGCAAAUGGGUAAUGAAAACGUCACACCUCUCCUAAAACAUAGCACAGCUCCUAUAACACCUUUGAGACCACGCGUUAGAAUCAUGCCGACAUGUUUUUGCUAAAUGAACGGCUCUAAAUGUGCCUCGGUUACAGACGUAGUCCGUCUUUUUUGCUCUAUCCGUAGCUACAUCGUCGAGGUCAGUACUGGAGACAAGCGAAGGGUUUAAAGCCAUGACGUCCACGAUCCACUUGGGACGGAAGCUCCUCCUGAAAUACAACCGGCGUGA